AUGUCGUUCAGGAGCCUGAUUCAGGACAUGAGGGACGAGUUCGGGAGCAUCUCGCGGCACAGCCUGCGGUCCCGGUCUCACCGCUCCGCCGGGAACGCGUCGCGGGCGGCGGCCGCGGGGCCGGCGGAGGCGAUGGACCAGAGCUGCUGGUCGCAGCUGCCCCCCGAGCUCCUGCGGGAGGUGCUGGUGAGGAUCGAGGCGACUGAGAGCUGGUGGCCAGCGCGCAAGGACGUGGUGUCAUGCGCCAGCGUCUGCCGGACCUGGAGGGGCAUCAUGAAGGAGGCCGUGCGCGUCCCGGAGGUGUCAGGGAAGCUCACGUUCCCCAUCUCGCUUAAGCAGCCUGGCCCAAGGGAUGGCACUCUUAAAUGUUUCAUCAGGAGGAAUCGAACUACUCAGACAUAUUAUCUGUAUAUUGGAUUGACAGAAGCAUUGGCUGAUGAUGGAAAGUUCCUACUUGCUGCACGCAAGUGUCGUAAGCCCACGUGCACGGACUACCUAAUUUCUCUUGAUAAGGUUGAUAUGUCAAAGGGAAGCAGCACCUAUAUUGGCAAGCUAAGAUCAAACUUCCUUGGAACAAAGUUCACUGUCUAUGAUGCUCAUCCACCAUAUGAUGGAGCUGUGGUCUCAAAGAGUCACUCUGCACGUGUGGUUGGUUUGAACCAGGUCUCCCCUAGAGUUCCAGCUGGGAAUUAUCCUGUUUCACAUAUUUCUUACGAGCUGAAUGUUCUGGGCUCCAGAGGUCCAAGAAGGAUGAACUGUGUUAUGGAUUCCAUCCCUGCAUCAGCUGUUGAGGAAGGAGGGAAAGCUCCUACACAGACUGAAUUUCCACUUAGCAGCCUUGACUCUUUCCCAUCAAUUCUAUUCUUCAGAUCUAAAUCAGCUCGGAUAGACAGUUCAACAUCGCAGUCAUCCAGCUCGGAUAGGUUGGUGCUGAAGAACAAGUCUCCUAGGUGGCAUGAACAACUGCAGUGUUGGUGCCUGAAUUUCCGUGGGCGGGUCACUGUUGCCUCGGUUAAAAACUUUCAGUUGGUGGCUUCUGAUGACAAUGGACCAGGGAACCAAGAGAAUGACAAGGUCAUUCUCCAAUUUGGAAAGAUUGGGAAAGACUUGUUCACCAUGGACUACCGUUAUCCAAUAUCGGCAUUUCAAGCUUUUGCAAUUUGUCUGAGCAGUUUUGAUACAAAAAUUGCCUGCGAAUGA